AUGUCAGGCACCAACGACGACCCGUUCCUGGAAUCAGCAGCUGAGUGCCCGGUCUGUCUUGAUCUGAACAAGGAUCACCUCCGCCGCCAAUGGCGUCGCUAUGGUCGACUUUAUGCGGCGGAUUCCCCGUACAGCUUUACGUUAAAUCUACUCAGUGAGAAUCUAGCGGGUAAAUCCUGCGAUGGCUGCGCCGUGGUAUGGGAAGCAGCGCAGAAGAUCAAAGAAGAAUUCGGGCUGGACUUUCGCAAUGCCAUACUUGAGUUUCUGGACGACGAGCGUAAAGGCCUUUCUCUAACGCUGACAAUGCUUCAUCCCCUCCAUACCGCGCCAGGCGACUGGGAGAACGCCAAGGCAAAUUUGGAUCUGAAAGUGAAAGUUCAUACGGGGCCGACCAAGAAGCGCCCCGACAGACUCUGGGAGCAUAACAUCAUGUCGCCGAGAUAUGAGAUCUACUCUCACUCGGAGAGAAAAUCAAUGUAUUGCAAUCUAGAUGAGCCUGGCAGGGCCUUGCCGACUAGGGUUCUUGAUCUCGGCGAGCAAGAAGCCAUCACAUCCGAUGUCAGACUUUAUGUCACAGAUAAAGAGCAAGCAGACUACCUCUGCCUGAGCCAUUGCUGGGGCGCUGACAGUGGUCUAAAACCGCUGAGGACGGUCCAUGAGAGACUUGAGGAGUUUCAAAUCGGGAUUUCAUUCGGGAGUCUCCCCAAGACCUUCAAGGACGCCGUUAUUUUUACCCGUAAACUCGGAUAUCGCUACCUCUGGAUUGAUUCGCUGUGCAUCAUUCAAGAUGACGGAGAUGACUGGAUGAGGGAGGCGGGACAAAUGGCGAGCAUAUAUGAAAACGCGGUGCUCACGCUGUCAGCAGCAUCAUCAUCAGAUAGUAGUGGUGGACUCUUUCGAGUCACUGCUCAUCCCGAGAUCCCACUCGGUGGCAGCGAGAAAGGCCAGGGGCAACUUGCCAUGCGACGAUUUGCGAAUCCAUCAUUCCUGGCAUACGCCAAGCGUGGAUCAGCACGAGACAUGACCGAUGCGGCGCGUACAUCGCCGUUGUUUCGGCGUGCCUGGGUGUUCCAAGAACGCAUCCUCUCUCGGCGGAUCCUCUUCUUUACCCCUUUGGAGCUCGUCUUCGAAUGCCGUGACUCGAACAGUACCGAAUCCGGCUGGUCUUGGAUCGACUCGAGCCCCAAACAUGCGUUUACAUCAGUCUACGACCGGGCGAUCUCUCCGACCUCCCUGUCAGCGCUGUGGCGCAAACUGGUGGGCAAAUUCACCCAGCUGAGACUAAGCUUGGAGAAGGACACUUUGCCAGCCAUGGCAGGUGUCGCCCAACGUUUUCUUCUCCAGGCACAGAGCACAGAUCCUAACAGUUAUUUUGCCGGCCUGUGGCGAGAAACGUUUAUCGAAGACCUGCUAUGGGAGGUGUCCAGCUAUCGACACGACGGGCAUCAGCGCAUCAACCCUGGUAUUCCGUCCUGGUCAUGGGCCCGUAGCGAUUCGCCCAAGAGAUACGCGCAGAGAAUGAUCCUAACCCAUCUAAGUCGCUUGAAAGAUGCUGUCUGUGUCUCCAAGGGACCCGCAGCCAACGCCCUGACGAGCGUGGAGUCCGGUUACGCUGUCCUUUCGGGAUACCCUAUACAAGCCAAGAUGACUCGGGCUGGUAUCGUCGUUGACCAGAACCCCCGAGUCUGCCACAUCCCGGACAGCGACUACCCCUGGUAUGAAGAUGGGCCAGACAAAAUCGAGAACGGGGAUCAGCUUUCUAUUCUUCCGCUAGCAACAUCCGCCGACGCAGAACAUGGCACUUCAAUCCACGCCAUAGUCCUCCGGCCAAAUCGCAAUGGGGACGGCAGCUUCACCAGAAUCGGGGUAUUCAGGAUCUCCAUCCACCAUCUCCGAAACCACCGCUACAUUUUUGAAGGCACAAGCGUGUUUCUCGACGUCUGCAAGCGUCAAGUAUCAUAUGGGGAGUCCCUGUUAGGAGACGAUGGUAAGUAUCGGGAGGUGGAAGGAUCGUCAGAGCCGCUCUAUCUCGCCCCUAAAGCAGGUAAAGAACUCAGCGCGUUCAAAUCCCAGGCACAUGAUCUUCACCUGUUUCUGCACGGAAACAAACCCGAACUCAAAUCUGCUGAAUUCAUUGGGCAAAAGCACCUGGAUACGCUGAAAUCGGAAAUGGAGACUGAGGAGAGGAGGAUGGAGGAGUGGAAUCGGCGCAACGAGCAAGGCGAGGCUCAACUUUACGAGCGGGUUUUGGUCAAGAUUGUUUAA